GUAAAACAUAAAGCCAUUUUACCUCGACUUUCUUGGUCUCUUUGCUCAAUUGCUCCAGCAGACAAGCAAGGAAAAAGAAGUGAGGAGGUUGCAGCAAGCCAUGUCUCGUGGCAUAUCAUACAUAACAGGGUCUCAACUUCUGUCUCUUAGGCGCCUUCCAAAUAUUGCAAUUAUUGAUGUCAGGGAUGAUGAGAGGAGUUAUGAUGGACAUAUAGCAGGGUCUCUGCACUACGCGAGCGAUACGUUCACAGAUAGGAUCUCUAAUCUUAUUCAAGAGGUUAAAGGGAAAGAUACCCUUGUUUUCCAUUGCGCUUUAAGCCAGGUUCGUGGCCCGACUUGUGCACGAAGGCUUGCCAAUUACCUUGAGGAGGUGAAAGAAGAUGGAGGAAUAAAAAACAUUAUGGUAUUGGAACGUGGCUUCAAUGGCUGGGAAGCUGCUGGUAAACCUGUUUGUCGCUGCACUGGCAUUCCCUGCAAGGAUGAAAGUGCUUAGAUUUCUGAUUGAACCAUAUCCUUGUUGUGGAGGAGAAGGCAGAAUAUAAUUUUAUUAUCAUAAACUUGCUAUAUUUACCGAUUACAUUUCAAUGUUCAAUUUCAACUUGAUGAUGGGCAAACUACAAAUUUGGUAUCCAACUUUUGAUUAGUUUUCGAUUU